AAAUUUGCCAAUUUUGACUCAAAACGAUUGUCAAAAUUACCUUAUUGUUCUAAUGAAGUAAAUUUUAAUUGCAAAUAUGCAGGGGCGGAAACUUUUAGGAACAGGGGACGAAAUCCACGGCAGCAAAACUGUGAACCGGGAAAUUGGGUACCAUAUUUCACGCCUGGAAAAAUAUGACAAAUCACUUGAAUAUUUCGACAAAGCGGUUAAGGAAAAUCCAGACGAUCGACGCACAUUAAUCGGCAGAUCAACAGCUAGAGCGAAAGCUGCCCAGUAUGGAGGAGCGAUGGAGGACAUUGGUCAUGUCUUGAGCAUAGACCCGGAUGAUUUAACGGCAUGGAGCGUUUCAACUAGAAACAUGUAUUUAUGCGCUGAAUUCGAAGAAGGUCUGGUUGAGAACCUGAAACAUGCCUCAUCCAGGCAAAAGCCCGAAGUUUUUAAAAUGGGGGUGAUGGACUGUUAUGAAGCAAUUGAAAACUGCAUUGGUGAACGACCAGGACGACCCUUAAGGGAUCAUUUCAAAAUUAUCAGAAGACUUGCUUGGAAGCAAAACUAUGCGGCACACAAGCCCUUUGAGCCGACUCCGCAAACCAAGCCGAAGAAAAAUAAACAAAGCCCUUUAUUUAAAAAUCUAUAUCCCCGUGAAGAGUCCCGAGAGCUGGUGAUACCACAUAAUACCAAAAUGCGAACGCACCCUGCAGGCCUGAGCAUAAAGGAAUCUUUGCACUCAGUGGGGAGCAGUCAUGACCCCAUCCCUCCAUACCCUUACCCAUAUCUGAUGAAACCCGUGCAAAAUUACACAUCAAAUAUUGAUAACUUUAUGGCCGAGAAAUAUCUGGAUAAAAUGUAUUUGGAUAAAGUAUUUUUGAAGCACAUUCCUAAUGAGCCAGGCGUCUAUGGACCCAAUAAGCAAGGUGCUAAAGCAUUGAAACAAAUCGCGAAAAAAUGCUAUCAAACCGUGUGCAACAAACAAGAACUUCUGCGGGCACGAAAGCCAUUCUACUCAAUCAGAUACCAGGAGGCUCGAGUAUCUGGAGCUCUAAAAGAACGACAGAAAACCGAGCUCCAACAUCAACAACGUGUAGCCCAAAAGGAAGCCGAUAUAAUUCUCCAAGAAAUAAAGGACGCUUUCACUAAUCGUCAGCUUAAAGACCUUCUGGUCUACACUGAAAAACUUCGCCGCUAUGUGAAUGCAAAGUCAAAACGUAUUAUUCCAAAUAAAGGCGAAUACUUAAAGGUCAUCUACAGCACUAUGUGCCAAGCCUUCUAUGACAUAUACAGAUCGAAUCCAAGGAAAAGCAUGUAUGAACAAAAUAUCAGAAUUUAUGCGUCUCUUGGAUUACCUCUUAGUAGAGAUCCCUCUACAGAUUCGGUACUUGUUCAGUUUAAAAAUGUAUUUGUUGAUUAUAAGAAGCGAAUUCGUGAAUAUGAAGAAAGGCUACGCCAAGCUGUAUUACCGGAGGAGAUUUGCUGGUUUUACCACGAAUUAUCCAGAUAUCAUCUCGAACAGAAAAAAUACGACAUAUCAAGACUUUACGCACGACAAUGCAUUCUAGAAGCCAACAAUCUAAAAAACGAAAUGUGGGUCUUCAAUAGUGCAAUGUUGCUGUGCAAAGGUGACCUGCAACAGCACAAUAAAAACGAUGCUAAAGUGGAUCUACAGUUGGCUCUUAAAAGUGCCGCCAAAUUGAGUGACCACGAAAAAGUGGCUUUUAUAAGACAGUGCUUGGAUGUUAUCGAAAAUGUGCACUUUGACGAUCGGUUCGCAUUGAAGGAGUUGAUGGAUCGGGAAAGGAAAAUUAUCGAAAUGCUGAGCGGAACUAACAUGAAAGAAGAAGCGGCAAAUCUGUUCAGUAAAAUGGCAGCUUUACCUCCGUCGCGAAGAAUGACUGUUCUUCCUGGCGUCCAGCUUCCUCCUCAACGUCAGCCGUCUAAGUCUAAUCGAGCUAGGUCUAUUCUGCCUACUUCUUCGCAUGGUGGAGACACGGUCUGACAGUUGAAAAGCAUUACAAGCAGAACUGGCAAUAUCAAUAUCGAAUAAUAAAAAUAAUUUAAAACAUC